CUGUACAUAAAAAGGUAACCUGGAGAGUAUCUAGUUGAGGUUUUGCUAGUUGUGGGAGCCUUAGAGUGUGUUAGGCAGGGACAAUAGUUGCAGUUUGGGCAAUUCAACACAAAUCAAAACGCUAUAGUUAUGUUAUAGUGAAACGCUAUGUCGUAGUCAUGGGAAAAGAUAAAGACUAUUUAAAUGAGCAUGGGUAUACCAAAGUAGAAAUGGUUGGCUUAGGGGGAUUUGGCAAGGCGAUAUCCCAAGAAAAUGGAAAAAAUGUCAUUAUCAGGAAGGUGCUAUCAAAUGAAAAGGCAAAAAAAGAAGUGUCCAUCCUUCAAGCCAUGGACCAUCCCAACAUUGUACACUAUACAGAAUUCUUUGAAGAGCAAAAAAGCCUAUACAUAGUGAUGGAGUACUGUGAAAGUGGAGAUCUUUCAGAUAGAAUCAAGGAUCAGAAAGAGAAAAAUAUAAAUUACACAGAGGACCAGAUUACAGUGUGGUUUGUGCAGAUAUGCCAGGCUUUGGAGCAUGUGCAUGACAAGAAAGUCAUGCACAGGAACAUAAAGCCACAGAACAUCUUUUUAACAAAGAAUGGACAAAUAAAACUGGGAAAUUUUGGAAUUUCAAAAAUAAGCCAAAGUUCUGAUGGAUUUACAUGGACACAAAUUGGAACUAAAGUUUAUAUGUGCCUGGAAGUUUUAAAUAAUCACCCUUACACAAACAAAUGUGACAUGUGGUCUUUGGGAUGUGUGCUCUACGAACUAUGCAUGCUUCAACACUCAAUGGGGAAGACUUCUAUCUCCAAGAGUUAUUCCAGUGAGCUUCAGGACCUGGUGAAGGAGCUACUGAUGAAGAACCCUGAAGAUCGACCAUCUGUGAAGGAAGUACUGCAGAAACCCUUCAUACAGCGACAUAUGCAAAGAGCCACCACAGCCAAGGUCAUGCAAAAUGUGGAAAUGGAAGAAGCGAUCGGUGUCACUGACAGUGAGAGCAUUUUGGCUGACAGAUCCGAAGAGGAUGCAAUUGCUGCAUUUAAUUAUUCUGUCCUUAUACUCUCGACAUACUCAGAAAAAUGUUUUGAUGAUCUUCAGAAAAUCAUCAAAGAUUUGUAUGCCUUGGCUGAUGAGUUUGAAAACCAACACAAGAACUCCACCAUAGGCAGUUUGAGUGGGGGUGUUAUGGGUGCAGCAGGUGGGAUAACCUCCAUAGUGGGUUUAGUUCUGGCUCCUUUCACUCUUGGUGCCUCUCUGAUCGUCACUGGAGUGGGAAUAGGGGUAGCUGUGGCUGGUGGGGCUGUUGGUGCCACUUCAAACAUAACUGGCAUGGUCGAACAAUCCAACUUUCGCAAGAUUGUGGAAGAGAAAUGUCAGGAGUUUAACACCAAAAUAGACCCCAUGAUUAUGGCUCUUACAGAAAUUGAAAGUUGCAGUACAUCUUUCCAGCAGUUUCUUAAUGAUGAGUCAACUUCAUCCACAACCGGUAUGGUGGUUUCCAGGGCUUUCAAAUUGGGUGGUGUAGUACCAGAGGUGGUGCGUCUGGCUCAGGUAGCGAGCAUAGGCAGAGUAGCUGCCCAGGCAGCUAAAGCGGUGCGUGUGGCAUCAGCACUCACAGGGGUCCUGUCUGGGCUCUUCCUCAUCAUGGAUGUAGCCUUCAUAGUAAAAGAUUCCAGAGAGAUCCAUGAAAUCAAUACUAUGAGAGAAAACAGUAACACCAAUGCCAAUCCAGGAAACUCAGGGACAAGAACAAGCAGUGCUGAUCUACUGGAAGAAGUAGAAGAAGAGAAAGUUCCCAGGUCAAACACAUUAAAACUAAUAAAAGAAAUCAGAGAGAUUGCCGGACAUUAUCAGACAGCCCUUGAUGAGGUGAGAAUAGCAAAAACUAUGUUAGAAAGUGAGCAGACAAAAUGUUCCUAUUAGGAAACGUCAUCGCGUUCUUCAAUAUUGUCUCCAACAUAUCCCACUGGAUCCUCAGAUUUUCUCAAAGGGGUGAAGGAACCUAGUCCUGUAAAAAACAUCUGUGUUGCGACAUUUUCAAAAUAUUUUCUAAAGUAGCAUAAAUUCUGUGCCUGAUUGGUAAAUGAUAUGACUUGCAUUAUCACAACUGUAAUGAACUUUACAUUUUACUGUUAUGAUAAUUGUUACUCAUUUUUGUAGUAAUUUAGCCAACGCUUGAACCUCUAAGAUUAUAUUCCUGCUGUCCUUUUUGGUGGUGGUGGUUCAACACUUGUGGAAAUGAAACCACGGCACCUAUUUACUGAUACAUAAGCUAGCGUUAAGGCUCAAACAGAGUUCUCUUUAAUGUUUGUAAAUAUUAAGGAGAUGUUUUCUGCUAAGCUCUAAGUGUAUUUUCCAUAUAUGUCAUUUCUAUAUGCAUUGAACAUAUAUUACAUAUUGUAUUUUAAAACAUGAGCAUACUUUGAAUUAUGUGUUUCAUCUUAACCUGUGAUGUUCUGUGAAACAAAUAUUAUGAUUGUACUUGAUACUUUUCUUUGUGUAAUAGUUUGUGUUUGUAUUUGACCUUCUAUCCAUAUGCAGAACAUAUAUAUACAUCUAUAAAUUAUUCUAUUAUACAAUACAAGAAGUGCCAGACUGAUUCUGAAUCUUGUAUUAGAAGUGCCAGACUGAAUCCGAAUCCUGUACUGGAAGUGCCAGACUGAAUCUGAAUCCUGUACUGGACGUGCCAGACUGAAUCUGAAUCCUGUACUGGAAGUGCCAGACUGAAUCCGAAUCCUGUACUGGAAGUGCCAGACUGAAUCCGAAUCCUGUACUGGAAGUGCCAGACUGAAUCUCUGCUUCCCCACAGUGGCCUGCAGCUGCACCAGCAUCACACUCAGGUCCCUCAGCUCAGCA